GGCUGGUCUUCAAUCGUGUCCUGGCACGGUUUUCGUCCCCGUUAGACUCAAACCGGCGACCUUGCGAUUGGGACCCGGGAGCGCAACCACUCCCGUGGACGUUGUUGAUGGGUUAGUUGCACUCCUCGGAGAGGAAUCCAAACAAUACAUGAUUGCGGUAUUUUCACAUUGCAAUAAAAAACAAACGGAAGACACUAGCAACCUUGAAAAAUCCUGGAAUGCCGAUGUUCGUACGUUUGUUAAUUCCAUAGGCUCUCGGUGGGCAAUUUCUCCAAAUUCUGACCUUUUUCCACCUGAUGAUAAGGUACAUCGGUUGCAUAUUAGUGAACUGCUACAUACAAUUGAUAAAAUAGAUGGUACCUAUACAAAUGAUAUCCUCACGAGGAUCAGAAAAGAACGAGAGGAAGCUGCACAAAAUGCAAAGGAAGCAAAAGAAAAGCUACAAAGAGAUUAUGAUAUAUUAGAAAAGAUAGCAAAUGAAACUAUUGAAAAAAUAAAAUCUUUAGAGCAGAAGGCACAGGAACAUGAACAAAUUACAAAAAGUAUCAUGGAUUCUUUAAAGGAUCUUAAAGAGAAAAGUUGCUUUUGGUUAGGAACACAGAUUAUGCUUGAAUCUGGGAGAGUUAUUCAAAUGUCUGAACUUCAAGUAGGAGACAAAGUAUUGUCAAAUAUUAGGAAUGGAGUUUCCAAGUUUUCGGAUGUUUAUCUUAUUGGUCAUAUUGGUAAGCUUGAUCAUAAAGUCAAGUUUGCUAAAAUUGGCUUCACCAAACCAGAUGCAUUCGCCAAAAAUCUGCAGCCUGGAAAAACCAAAAUUUUAAUCUUAGAUGAUGAUAAACAAUUAAUGCCAGUUCUUGUUGACGAAGUUACAAAUGAAUGGCAUGACCGAUUUAUUAGUUUCUACACACGAGAUGGUACUGUGAUUGCCGAUGGUGUAUUAUGUUCAUGUUAUGACCAUUGCCCACCAUCUCAAAAAUUAAUGGAUUUGGCUUUUUUACCAAUUCGUUUAUGGACUCAUUUCGUACCAA